AUGUCUGUAGCGUCCAUCCCUGGUCAGCUGAAGGUUGAUGACCAGCCGUCCAGGACGAGAGGACGUGACCAGCGGUCAGUGUGGAGCCGCGUGUACCAGAGGGAGAGAGAUGACGUCACACAGGCUCCUCUGUGGAGGGCGGCGCUGGCGGAGUUUGUGGGCAGUUUCCUGUUGGUUGUGUUCACUGUGGGUGUGGGGCUGAGCGAGGAGGGGACGGAGGGAGUCAGUCUGCUGCAGGUGGCGCUGGGCUGUGGGUUUUUCCUCUCCGUCAUCGUGAGCGCUCUGGGAGGCGUGAGCGGAGGUCACGUGAACCCCGCCGUGUCUCUGGGCUUCCUGCUCACCGGCCAGAUCUCCUGCUCCAGAUCUACUGGGCGGGCCCGCUGUGUGGCGCUGCGGUCGGCUCCCUCCUCUACCAGCUCGCCCUCUCCACCCAGCCGCUCACCCUCAGGUCCUGGCGAUGCGGGGUCACGACCGGCCCGAGGAGCUACCGCGGGGUCAGAGGUCAGGACGGGCACGAGGAGAAGGAGAACCUGUCUUGUAGAAGUAGUACUCACGGGGGCGAGGAGGAGAGCAGGAUAA